AUGUCCUGCUUCCUCAGAGCGUUGUUGAUUGGAUUUAUUGUUGUUACGGAAUCACGCGACUGUGGCGACGAUUACAGUUGUCCAGACUCAGCGACAUGCUGUCGCUUGCCGGAUGGAAAAUGGGGUUGUUGUCCGAUGGAGGAUGCUGUUUGUUGUGAAGAUCACAUUCACUGUUGUCCGAGUGGAUCGCGCUGCAUGGAAACCUCCUGUAUCCGAGGAUCUGGUGAAUUUACAACAACAAGGAAGAAAUCCAAAGCACAGAAGAGAAACUUUGAAGGAGAGAUCAUCUGCCCGGACAGACGAAGCAAAUGCCCAACAGGUGCUACGUGUUGUUUGUUGUCCGAAGGAAGCUACGGCUGUUGCCCCGUCGAACAUGCCAAUUGUUGUCUCGAUCAUCUCCAUUGCUGCCCAAGUGGAUACACCUGCGACGCGUCAGGACAACGGUGCAUUCAAGCUGAGAAUUUCCACCAUUCCAUCAUUGGAUCCUACCGAAAGUUCCAUUCCACUCCUAUUCGCACGAAGCCGGGAGUUUAUUUAGGCGACGUUGACGAGGAGGAGAUUGAUGAACUGAUACAAAUGAAAAAUUGUGGCCAUGGAAAGAUGUGUCCAGCGCGUAGCACCUGCUGCGUGGUUUCCGAGGGCAGCAGAUUCAAACACAUGUGUUGUCCACUACAGAAUGGAGUCUGCUGCGAACACUCCUGCUGCCCUUCGGGAUACCACUGCCGUCCGAACGGAAAAUGCGAGAAGCGGGCCUCAUUUGAUGGAAAUAUUGAUUUCAAGUUCUAA